AUGCCGGAACUUCUAUCUUUGUUUGAAUACAGCUGGGUUUUCCCUGAAAAUGUGGUUGAUUGCUUAAGGCAAUGGUCAGGAAGAGGAUUAAGCAAAAGAGGGAAAAUCUUAUGGCAAUCUGCUGCUCAUGCUAUUUUUUGGAGCAUUUGGGAAGAGAGAAUCAACAGGGUCUUCAACAACAGAACAAAAAACUUUGAGGAGCUGAUAUCUCUAAUAUGUUACAUAUGCUUCCUAUGGGCUUCCAGCUCAUCUCAUUUCAGAGGUGUCCUUUUUGAUGACCUCCAAAGAAACGCUGUAAAUUUCCUUCACUCUAAACAAAUACAGUUCAACACUACCUGUAACUUCAGAUCUGAUGUGGAGGGCGAGACGACCUUGUAUUUUGAUGGGAGUGCUUUUGGAAACCCAGGUACAGCGGGUAUUGGAGGUGUAAUUCGAAAUAGAAAUGGUAUCAGUUGGGCUUUUAGUGGGCUGAUUGGAAUUGCCUCAUCAACAAAGGCAGAAGUCUUGGCAGCUCUAACUGGCAUCAGGAUUGCAAAAGACAUGGGUUUACGAAGUCUUACCAUUAAAGGAGAUUCAGCCAACACCAUUAACUGGCUUUCUAGUCCUGACAGUGGGCCUUGGGCCUUAGCUCACUACCUAGCUGAAGCGAGAGACAUUCUUGCCUCUUUAAGUGGCCAAGUGGUCUGGAUUCCGAGGUAG